GAAACGGAAAUGCGUCAUGUUUCCGCUUUGCGCGGGAUUUGAUUUGAGAGGAGCAGCGCGCGGCCGGCAGCUCGUGGUCGGUCAGUCAGUUUCCCGCCGUGUGGAGUAAACAAACAAACAAACAAACAAAGAAGAAGAAGUCGGUUAACAACAUGGCGACUCCUCCUAAGAGAGCUCUCCGGGUUCCCGCCAGCAGAGAGAAGAAGAAGAAGAUCUCCAUCGAGGGAAACAUCGCUGCAGGUAAGUCCACCUUCGUGCGUCUCCUUCAGGGAGCGUCAGACGAUUGGGAUGUGAUUCCUGAACCCAUCGGGAAAUGGUGCAACGUCCAGAACGACAGCGGCGACAUUUACCAGGAGUUGAGUUCUUCUCAGAAGAGUGGAGGAAACCUGUUACAGAUGUUAUAUGAUAAACCCAGCCGCUGGUCCUACACCUUCCAGAGCUAUGCUUCUCUCAGCAGAGUUCGUUCUCAGCUUCAAUCUCCAUCAAUCAAACUUCAGCAGGCUGAAAACCCCGUACAGUUCUACGAACGCUCUGUCUACUCAGACAGGUACGUGUUUGCGUCCUGCCUGUUUGAGUGCGGUAAACUGACGGAAACAGAGAGGAGUAUCUACGUGGACUGGCACACCUGGUUACUGAACCAGUUUGAACCGGACAUCGCCCUCGAUGGCAUCAUCUACCUGAGAGCUCAGCCACAGCGCUGUAUGCAGCGUCUGCUGCACCGGGGCCGUGAGGAGGAACAGGGGAUUCCUCUGGAGUAUCUGGAACAGCUUCACUUCAAACAUGAAUCCUGGCUCUUCCACAGGAACCUCCGGUUGGACUUUGAGUACCUGAAUGAACUUCCUGUUCUCAUUCUGGACGUCGACGACGACUUCAAGAACGAUCGCAUCAGACAGGAAGUCAUCAUUGACAAGGUCAGAGAGUUCGUCACCAUGCUGUAGAGCUUCAUCCACCAAUCACAGCUCACCAUGCCAUCAGCCGGCUCAUCUGAUUGGACGACCCACUUUGUACAUUUCUUUUUACUUUUUCUGUUUUUAAUGCAGAAAAAACUACAGAGUUUAGUGUUUUCAUCACUUCAUGUGUACUUUAUAUUUCUGUAGAUAAAUGUUACUGUGUGUAUAUAUAUAUAUGUAAAUAUAUACACACUAUGUAUUUACUUGAAUUACUUUGAUAUUUAUAUAUACUUGAAUCCUCUCCUCUCCUCGGAGGUAAGACAGUGAGGUGUCCUUUAACACACCACGAUGCCUUCAGGGACAAACAGAGUUAAAGGUUUUUAUGUGCUGGAAUAAAGAAACUCAGACUGAC